AUGAACACAGCAAUAAGAAAAAUACAAUUGAAGAAGUGGUUGAUGACAGCUCGAGUUGAAGGGCAAAUUAGGAAGUUACAUGAUCAUGAACGGGCCGAAAAGGGUACACACAUAAACUUUUGUCUACGUCAAGCAAAAACAGUGGACCAUGUAGAUUUCAGACACUAUCUCAAUACUCAAUCCAGCUUUACUAGCCAAAGUCAUAAGGAUCAUGCAACUGCAGUUUCAUACUUGAUUGCCUCUAAACUGCCCCCUGAGAGAGCAUUAAGGUAA